AUGGCGCGGACCGAGGAAAUGAAAGAAAAGAAGGAAAAACUUGAGGAGAAAACAAUCCACAAAGAGAAGAAGAAGGAGGCAGUAGAGGAUGAGGAAAACGGAGCUGAAGAGGAUGAGGAAGAGAAUCCUGAUGAUGUGGAUGAAGAAGAAGGUGGUGAUGAGGAUGAAGAAGGAGAUGAGAAUGGGCAAGAGCAGGAUGGUCACGCAGAAAAACGAACUGCAGAGGAGGAAGAGAAUGAAGUGGAUCCAAAGAGACAGAAGACGGAAAAUGGGUCUUCAGCUUGAGUCCUCCCCUCCCACCUCCUCUGUUCCGUCCGUCUCUCCUCCUCCAUUCCAGCCUGUGCUUGCACUGUCCAUUAGCCUCUGGCUUCACACAAUCUCAGAUGAGGAAAGAUUAGAAAUGCUCUCAAACAGGGAAGACAGCAGUUUCCUUCUCGCCUGAAGAUCUUGCCCAUCUGUGGCAUUCCCCAGCUGAAAUUAUUCCAGCCCCCCUGCCUCCCUUCGGCU